AAGUAGAGUAAUGGCGGAGUAAAGCACAAACACUACAGCUUACUAAGUUUAGUAGUCAGGUGUUUUGCUGUUUCCUUCAGUUUUCAGUAGUGGUAAAUCCUGCAUCCCUUUGUCCUAACUGAUUAUUUCCAUAAUGUCUUACCAACUCUACCGAAAUACCACUUUGGGGCACACUCUUCAAGAAUGCUUGGAUGAGCUUGUUGAGUACGGCCAUUUAUCUACCCAGUUAUCAGCUCAGGUGAUGCUACAAUUUGACAAAUCCAUUAACACUGCCCUCGCGUCAAGGGUCAAGUCAAAACUCCAAUUCAAAGCAAGUAAGCUGAAUACUUACCGCUUCUGUGACAAUGUGUGGACCUUCAUGCUGUCUGAUGUCGAAUUCCGUGAAAUUCAAGAAGUCGCCAAAGUGGACAAAGUGAAAAUUGUUGCUUGCGAUGGAAAAAGUGACCACUGAACUUUGUUGAACUGACCAGUUAUAUUCAAUAAAUUUAAGGCUACUCAUAUUCUGUGGUUUGAGAGUUAAUUCGUUUCUUAUAAUAGGUUUAGCUCACCAAUUUGUACAGUAAAAUAUUUUCAUACUGAGAGAUUCUUCAUGUUGAAUAAUACAAUUGGGUUAAAACUGAAUUCCCCACCUUAGUACAGUUUUAACAGCUUCAAAUUUAUAACGUAAUGCGCACCCUUCUGUGUUUUUUUCAAUAUAAUAAUCCUUUUUAAGGAAAAAUCUCCAAGAGGAUGGCGCUAGCUUUUCAUUGAAGAAGAGUCAGCAAGCAUACUUAAUUUUGUUAUUGCGAUCUAUUUAAAUUUGAACUAUAACAGUGUUGAUUUUACUGCGCAACGUCAAUUGGAGUCAAUAAAUUGAAUAUGAACUGAUA